GUUGCGUGUACUGUGCCUUGGGUUCUGAGGAGAGCACGGGUCAGCUCAGAAGCCGCACCAUGGUGAGCGAGACGUUGCUUUCCACAGACAGGGAGGAGCGGUGGGCCAAGGUGGCUUCAUCUCAGCAUCCCAUUCUUCUCUGCAUACCAUUCUUCUCGGCUUGUAGGUAGCUUCAUCUCUUUUAUUAAAUGCCAGUGUACCAUUGAGAAGUUAGACUCUGUCAGCCUAGUUACUCUUUCAAGAAUAACUGUUUCAGCUACUAUUCCACUGCACACCAGAAGCCAUUGGUCCACUGCCUGUUCAGCUGCCUUCAAAGAAAGGGGCACUGUACCUUUUCUGGAUUGCAAAGGUUACUUCAGCGAUGGUGCUAUAUUGUCCUGGCCUCAGAGGAUGCCUGUUGCUAAAGCCAGAACCACACUUGUCUUGGCAAGGAUCAGUAGUACUUUAAAGACACUCCCAUUAAACAGCAGAGACCGCAGAGUUCAGACUGCUUCUGGAGGUCAAGUGCAAAAUGGUAUCAAUGCCAGACAAGCAGCUGAGAUGCGCUGGAAAGCAGGAAGCUGUGGAGGUGAGAACUACCAGCCUGAGGCUCUGUGGGAACUGCUGAGACUGAUUGCAGCCCAAACUCCCAGCAGUGGGAUGUGACUGCAAUCAUGGAGUUGCCCUGAGGCUACAUUUGUUGAUACAACAGGACAGCAUAUGGAGGAUUCUGAGACCCGGUUUCCUGGGCACUUGGACCAUCAGCGAUGCAGAAUGCAGUGACUUAUGACGAUGUGCAUGUUGACUUCAAUCGUGAAGAGUGGGCUUUGCUGGAUCCUUCCCAGAAGAGUCUCUACAAAGAUGUGAUGCUGGAGACCUAUAGGAACCUCACUGCUAUAGGGUACAAAUGGGAAGAUCAUAAUAUUGAAGAACAUUGUAAAAGUUCUAGAAGACAUGGAAGGCAUGAAAGAAGUCAUACUGGAGAGAAACCUUCUGAAUAUAUUCAAAGUGUUAAAGCCUAUGCAUAUCUUAAUAAUCUUCAAAGGCAUGAAAGAAUCCAUACUGGAGAGGAACUCUACUCAUGUGGUAAAGCCUUCUCACAGGACAGUAGUCUCCAAACACGUAAAAGAACAUACACUGGAGAGAAACCCUAUGAAUGUAAUCUAUGUGGUAAAACCUUUGCACAUCAUAGUCAUCUUCUAAUGCAUAAAAGAACGUACACUGGAGAGAAAGGAUAUGAAUGUAAUCAAUGUGGUAAAACCUUUUCACGACAAAGUAAUCUUCUAACCCAUAAAAGAAUACAUACUGGACAGAAACCCUGCGAAUGUAAUCAAUGUGGUAAAGCCUUUUCACAACACUGGUAUCUCCAAAUACAUAAAAGAAUACAUACUGGAGAGAAGCCCUACGAAUGUAAUCAAUGUGGUAAAGCCUUUUCACGACAGAGUAAUCUUCUAACCCAUAAAAGAACCCAUACUGGAGAAAAACCCUAUGAAUGUAAUCAAUGUGGUAAAACCUUUGCAUUUAGUGGUAGUCUCCAAAAACAUAAAAGCACACAUACUGGAGAGAAACCCUAUGAAUGUAAUGAAUGUGGGAAAGCCUUUUCACAAAAGUGUCAUCUCCAAACUCAUAAAAGAACCCAUACUGGAGAGAAACCCUAUGAAUGUAAUCAGUGUGGGAAAGCCUUUGCAUGUCACAACCAUCUUCUAACGCAUAAAAGAACACAUACUGGAGAGAAACCCUAUGAGUGUAAUCAGUGUGGGAAAGCCUUUGCAUGUGACAGUAGUCUCCGAGUACAUAAAAGAUCACAUACUGGAGAGAAACCCUAUGAAUGUAAUCAGUGUGGUAAAGCCUUUGGACGUUACAAUCAUCACCUAAUGCAUAAAAGAACACAUACCGGAGAGAAACCCUAUGAAUGUAAUCAAUGUGGGAAAGCCUUUUCACAAAAGUGUCAUCUCCAAAUUCAUAAAAGAACCCAUACUGGAGAGAAACCCUAUGAAUGUAAUCAAUGUGGUAAAGCCUUUGCACAUCAUAGUCAUCUUCUAAGGCAUAAAAAAACACAUACUGGAGAGAAACCUUAUGAAUGUAAUCAAUGUCAGAAAGCCUUUGCAUGUAACAGUAAUUUCCAAAUACAUAAAAGAACUUAUACUGGAGGGAACCCUGUUAAUGUAAUCAAUGUGUUAAAGCCUUUGGACAUCACUGCAAUUUUUGAAAUCAUGAGAAAAAAACAAACUUCAGAGAAACCCUAUAAAUGAAGUCAGUGUGGUAGGGUUUUGCACUUCAUGGUAGUCUUUAUAUAAGAGUAGAAAAGUUUUACUCUAAAGUAUUCUGUUAAAUGCAAUUAUUCUUUUAAAGCCUGUGCAUGUCACAGUAGUCUUUGAGGACGUGAAAAAACUCAUAACAAAGGGAAUUUGGCUAUAAAGGAUUUGGUGAUAUCUUUAGCCAACACAUUUUCAUUAUACAAGAGUAUUCUGGAGAAAAGACAUCUGACAAUGUUAACAAUCUGUUUAAGCACUACAGUGCCUCUUUAUUUUGUUUGUACCUGCAAACUCAUGGAUAAAUCCCUACAAUUUAAAUAAUAAAGUAACCCUUUUAGAUUUCAUACAUCUCUUCAAUGACAUGAAAUAACUAAUUGAGGAAUAAAACUUUGCGGAUGUGUAUUUGUGCCUUUUCUGUUGGUGUGAUAAAAACAUGUCUACUUCAGCUUAUGAAAGAGUUUAAUUUGAUUCUUGGUUCCAGAGGGAUACAGGAUCAUCAUGAAAAUGGCAUGGCAACAGGUAUCAGACAUGGCAUAUAUAGCAGGAGGCUAAGAUCUCACAUCCUCAACCUGCAGCAUAAACCAGAGAAUGGGAACUUGAAAAAGUGUACAGAUGUGAAUUAUGAAAGCAUACCCCCAGUUACAUAUUUCCUCCAGCAGGGCACUGUUGUAUGAUAUUUUUUGUGUUUUGACAAAUAAAGCUUUCCUGGAGAUCAGAGGGCAGAGCUAGCCACAGUUAACCCUAGAGGCCAGUCUGUGGUGUGUCACACUUUUAAUCCCAGCAAUUGGAGGCCCAUGCCUUUGAUCCCAGCAAUCAGGAGGUGGAGAUGGGAGUAUAAGGUAGAUGGAGACAGGAUCUCAGUCCUCAUUUUGUCUGAGGAUAUGAAUAGAUAAGAAAUCACUAGUGGCUGCUCCUUUGCUUCUCUGAUCUUUCAAGUUAUUACCCCACUAUUUGA